GUUUUUGUCAUUGCGACAUGGCAUCGAGUGGGAACAACAGCGCCGAAUGUCCAUGCCGCAGAGCGCUUCUGCGCAAGAGCAUCUUCACCGCUGCCCAAGACGGAGACCUGGACCAUGUUCGUUCGUUUUUUGAGUGCCGCAAGGCCGAUUUGCCCAUCGAUUUUGUCGACGAUUUUGGAUACACGGCGCUGCACUACGCCAGUCAAUCGAAUCGAGUCGAUGUUGUCGCGUACCUGUUGUCGAGAAGGGCCAGCCCAGACUGUGCAAGGUGUGGUGCGACACCUUUGCACAGGGCAGCUUACAGUGGUGCAGACGAGUCCGUCGCGCUUCUUAUUCAACACGGUGCCAGCUUGAACCUCGUGGACACCUCGUUUGGUGAUCGCCGAACUGCGUUGCACAAAGCCGCCAGCCAGGGCCAUCGCUCGGUUGUCGACCUGUUGGUCAAGGCAGGGGCUGACACGUCUCUGCGGGAUGCAGCUGGGUAUACGUACGAGGACGUUCCAUUGGAGUUUGGUUGGCAAGCCGCGUCGAGCCCCAUCUUGCUGCAUUCGACAUGCCCCAAGGACAGGCAAGUACUCGCGAGCGAUCUUGUGUGUACGGUUGGCCUUGGUCGUCCAUGCGAGUCGUGCGGAGAUGUGUGCUAUGCGGCUACAAGACGGCCAUGCUGCAACAUGUUGGAAUGCGAUACAUGCAGUAACGAGACAAGCCAGUCAUGCCAACGUUGCGGCACUUGGUCGAACGCGAUUCAGUCCAUGACCCCACCCCAACCGCCGCGCCAUAACAGCAGCACCAUCCUUGACUCCAUCCCACCAAAGUCCACGCCGUCCAAUGUGAUGGUGAGGGGGUUGUUCAACCUCAAGAAGGCGUCUUCCUGGGCCCCGACGCGCCCCAACACGGCGACAGUGCUGUAGUCGCCAAUCUAUUGUAUUACUUGAUGUCAUAUCGACUGUUGGCCGCUCGCACGACGUUGGGUUCGUCCAUGGACUUGUGUUUGAGUGCGGCUGUGGAUGGCUGAGGCAAGUACGACUUGAGUGCGCCAAGUUUGCGUUUGUGCAACUGAAGGGCCGAGAGCCACACGUAGAUCACACCGCCGGCACAGCUCACGGAUGU